AAGAAGAAGAAGAAGAAGAAGAAGAAGGGCUUUGGUUAGCUAAAUUUGGUGCGAAUUACAUAUUCUCUGUAAUUAGCGUUACCCCCGCCGAUCAACGGAAUUUAAUCUAGUGUAAUCCUAACUGCAAUUGCAGGAUUUCUAACUUCUUUCGAAAAGGCCGCAGAAAUGGCAGAUAAUAUAGAACAAAAUGAGGCAAAGCAUGACAACUCAUCAUCCCCUGGAAUCACCGACCAAGAGAAAGAAAUGGCAGCCAGUGCAUAUGAGGCAUUCUUGGCUGGGAAGUAUGAUGAGUCUCUCAAACACCUUGAAGCCCUACAAGAGCUCAACAAAGACGACUACAAGAUUUCCAUGAAUAAAGCUGUUGUAGAGUUUUAUAAAAGUGGACAGACUACCACAGGAACUCUGAAGCAGACUCUGUUGGCAAUGAAGAACCAGGUUCACACAUCAGCAGAAGAUGUUGAUGGGUUGGAUGAUGUUGAAAACAGCUUGUUGUACUAUAAUCAAGCCAUCAUCCACUAUCAUAUGCGACAGUACUCUGAAGCCAUUUCCAUAGGAGAGAAGCUUUACCAGUUUCUAGAACCAUUUGAGAAGUUUGCUCAGGCUGUGUGCUUCCUGCUGGUGGAUCUGUACCUGCUCACCUUCCAGCCAGAGAAGGCCCUUCAUCUGUUGGCUGUGCUGGAUAAGCUCUUUGUACAAGGAAACAACAAGAACAGCAAAGGAGAGAACAGUAGUUCAAAUAAGGAUGGAGCAAACCAGAAGGCGGAGUUCACAGCCAUGAUUGAGGCAGCCAAAUCAAAGAUGCACCAGUACAAAGUGAGAGCUUACAUUGAGAUGAAAUCCUCCAAAGCAUGUAAAAGGGAAAUCAAAUCAGUGAUGAACACAGCGGGAAAUUCUGCACCCUCACUCUUCCUCAAGAGUAAUUUUGAGUACCUGAGAGGAAACUACCGGAAAGCAGUGAAGCUUUUGAACAGCUCCAACAUUGCGGAGCACCCUGGACCCAUAAAGACAGGUGAAUGUGUCCGAUGUAUGUUCUGGAACAAUCUGGGCUGCAUUCACUUUGCAAUGGGGAAGCAUAACUUAGGCAUUUUCUACUUCAAGAAAGCACUGCAAGAGAACGACCAUACCUGCGCACAGAUGGGAGAUGGCAGCAAUGGACAAUCUAAGAAGUUCACAGGCAUCCCCAUGUGUGCUCUACUAGCCAACAAGCGCUAUGAGCUGCUCUAUAACUGUGGUAUUCAGCUGCUGCACAUCGGUAGGCCUCUGGCAGCAUUUGAGUGUCUCGUGGAGGCAGUGCAGGUUUACCACUCUAACCCUCGACUGUGGUUACGGCUCGCAGAGUGCUGCAUCUCUGCUAAUAAGAGGGGCUCGGAGCAGGAGAGCAAAGGUUUACCAUGUAAGAAAGGUAUAGUGCAGUCAAUUGUCGGGCAGGGCUACCAUCGCAAGAUUGUCCUGGCAUCCCAGUCUACCCAGAGUACGACUUACAGCGAGGGCCAGUCAGCAGCUAUCCCAGUUGCCAGUAUGGAGUUUGCAGCAAUCUGCCUGAGGAAUGCUCUGCUGCUGCUGCCUGAGCACCAGCAGCAAGACACCAAGACAGAGAACGGGUCCAAAAGCUCCAGUCAUUCAGGAAGUGCAGAGAGUGGCAGUGAGAACAGUGAUGCAUGCAGUGGGAAAGGUCAGGAGGCUGAUAAGUUCUUGCCUGCAGCACCGUCAUCUCCUCUCAGAAAACAGGAGGUAGAAAACCUCAGGUGCUCCAUUCUGGCCUGCAGUGCAUAUGUGGCCUUAGCACUGGGAGAUAACCUGAUGGCUCUAAACCAUGCUGAGAAAUUGCUCCAUCAAACCAAGGUGUCUGGAUCCUUAAAGUUCCUGGGUCACCUCUAUGCUGCAGAAUCUCUCAUCUCAUUGGACAAGAUCUCUGAUGCAAUUGCUCACCUCAACCCAGAAAAUGUCAGUGAUGUGUCGAUGGAAGUACUGACGAGUGAGCAAGACCAAGCAGGGUCUGACAGAGGAGAUGAGCCCGUUGAGUCCUCAGGGAAGCAGACUCCUCUGUGUUAUCCCAGCAGUGUGACAUCAGCUCGGGCCAUGAUGCUCUUCAACCUGGGCAGCGCUUACUGUUUGAGGAGCGAGUAUGACAAGGCCCGCAAGUGCUUACAUCAGGCUGCAUCUAUGGUGAACACCAAGGAGAUUCCACCUGAAGCUAUCCUGUUGGGGGUCUACUUAGAGCUACAAAAUGGAAAUACCCAACUGGCCCUGCAGAUCAUCAAACGGAAUCAGCUCCUGCCCACUGCAGUGCAGAAGGUCUCUCCAGACUCCCGCAAGAAGGUACUCCAGCCCUUCCAGUCUGUCCAGGCCAUCCAGCUGCCCUCAUCCUUCACACAAGUACAGCGCAAAUGAGGCUAUGCAGACACCUCUUAUCCUUCACUCCAUACAACGCCACACACACACACACACACACACCCCUGAGGAGCUUUGAUAUAAGCUACUUCCCCUCAGCCUCAGGAGCUGUAUGAAUUGCAAAUGCAGCUGCUGAGACAGAACCUCAGCUGCAGUGGUGUCCAUGGACUUGAGACCAGCUCACUUUUUUCCAUGUGACUAACAUGCUGUCUGAAUAAGUGUAAUAAAUUUUAUUUACUGUA